UGUAUAUUACAAACGAGAUACUGUAUCACAGAAAGACAUGACGCUGCCUAUGAAUCUUUUGCGUAAGAUCUUCAAUAGCAAUUUAAAAAACUGGACUUUGCUUUUACUCAUAAUUAUUCAACCUGUUUUUGCAUGUUGGGGGAACAAUAAUAAUAAUAGGCCCAUAAUUAGAGAAUACGAAGGAAAAAUUUUUAUUGCAGCUCCUAAAACUUUAUCUUUAGAUACAAAUGAAAUGAUAUCCAUAAUAGCUUAUAAUGUUCAUAAGAAUGAAGUAAUAGACGUUACAAUAAAGGACUAUCCUGGAAGGACGAAAGUUUUUUCAUACACGAGUGCUGUUUUAAAAAGUGGCAUUCCACUUUUUGUGAACUUUAACUUGCCUUCUAAAGAACUUUUAAAGUACGUACAAAUUGACGAAUUUGGUACACCACAUCUCUACGUUGUUGUAGAAGCAAAGAUAAAAGGAAAGUUUAACGCAAUUAAAAAUGUAGCUGUUGACUACAGUAGAGACUACGUUUUUCUUCAAACGGACAAACAAAUUUAUAACCCUCGACAAACAGUACAUAUUCGAAUUAUUGCGCUGAACGAGAAGCUGUUACCUGAAAACUAUAAAGUUCGAGUACAGAUAAAGAAUCCUCAAAAUAUUAUUGUUCAAGAAACCCUUCUCACAGACCCAUGGAAGCAAUCAUCUGGCCAAUUUCCUAGAAUUUAUUUUACCCUUCCUUCAUUUUCCAUAUUAGGAAAAUGGAAAAUAGAGGCCUCAUACGGAAUUCAGUUUCAGAAAAAGACGUCUGUGUCAUUUAAUGUAGAAGAAUACACAUUACCAACAUUUAUUGUGAAGCUUCGAGUUCCAAAUGCGAUUUUGUUCAAAGAUGAAAAAAUUGAUAUUACUGCAAAAGCUGAGUAUAUUUAUGGAAAGAAAGUUAAUGGAAAUGCCGAGUGUAAAUUAAACAUCGUGAUGCAUAAUAAAAAGAUACUUCAGGCAGGAAUUAAAACUGUGACAGUGACAACAAAUGAUAGCAGAUAUGAAAGUGGACAACAAGUAACUGAAACACGACGAAUACAUAAAUUUGAUUACAGAAAAUUUAUAGCGCUCUGGAGAUACUAUUCAAUGCGAAAAGCAAAAAUUGGUUCAACCUUGUCUGUAUACUUUAAAGGUAACACAAAUGGUCGAAUUGGAAAUGUAUUUUUCAUAGUUAUAGCUCGUGGAAGAAUUCAACUUAUGAGAAAUUUCUACUCAACCUUAAUACAAAUUCAAUGGAGACAAUUAAGUUUUGUUAUUACGGCUGAAAUGUCACCAGUUUUUAAACUUCUGGUAUUCAUGUUAGUGGAUAAAGAGCUAUUCGUUGAUUCGAUAAGAAUAGAAGUAGAAGCAAAAUGUCAGCCAAAAUCUGAGGUCAUAAUAUACCCCAAUUUCUCAAAAUUUGAGCCAGGCGGAGAAGGAAAAUUCAUAAUAAAAGGAGAACCAAAGACUAAAGUAGGAUUGUUUGCAGUUGAUAAAGCUCUAUAUGCGCUGAGGAACGAACAUAGACUUACAAAAGAAAAAUUGUUUACGAGAAUAGCACAAUCUGAUUAUGGUUAUGGAUUAGGAAAUGAAAUAAAUCCCUUAAAGAUCCUUUCUGAUUCUGGUAUAUUAAUUUUUGGGAAUUUCCGAAUAGCAAAUAUGAAUGGUCACUCUAUAGGAAAUAAUCACUUAAAAAUGAGUGGCUUCAAAAAGGAAGAAGACGAUGUCGUUAUCGAUAAUGAAAUUGAUGAAAGCAAGGAAAACGAACCAUCAAUUCGAAGUGAUUUCAGAGAAAGUUGGUUAUUCGAAGAUUUCGAAAUUGGGCAUAAUGGAAUUUCAGUGGUCAAUACGAAAUUACCAGACAGCAUCACAACGUGGAUGAUACAAGCUGUUAGUGUUUCACCUCAAUGGGGAAUCUGUGUUACCGAGAAAAUCCCAGUAACUGUUUAUAUAUAUGGUGUGAAAAAUCUACGUAGUGAAGUAAAAGAAGGAGAGAAAGGCAAACAAAAGAUAAUCACAAUCGAACCUCAUUCUACAGGAACAGUGCAUUUUUCAAUUGUUCCAUUAGUGGCUCAGGAUUAUGUCAUUCGUGUUGUAGCUCAAAGUCCUUAUGGAGGAGAUAUCGUGGUCAGAAAACUACAUGUAGUGGCUGAAGGUGUUACUGAAGAAAUGGAUUAUUUUAUCACUUUAGAUCCAACAAACCAACAAAAAAGAAAAACAAGAAACAUCGUUGCCGAUGUUUUAUCAGAUAUUACAGAUGCAUCGAAGCAGCUACAAAAAAUCAAAUUUAGUCUUAAACCUGGAAAAACACAUAUUCCUGGUAGCGAGAUGGCUGUCAUAUCUUUAGUUGGUACUGAAUAUGGACCUAUAGCUCAAGCAGCGUUACUCGAUCCACAAUACUCAAUUAGAAUGCCCACUGGCAAUUGCGAGCAAACAAUGAAUCACUUAGGUCCGAAUUUAUACACAUUAAACUUCUUGAAAAGUACAGGAAAAAUAGAUUUGCAAACAGAAAGAAAGUUGCGUGAUUUUAUGGCCGAAGGAUAUAAAAGAGCAUUAACUUUUAGAAAACAAGAUGGCUCAUUCAGUAUCUGGCCACAAAAACCUUCAAGCAUUUGGUUAACAUCGUUUGUUACGAAACUAUUUUGUCAAGCCAGCAAACUAAUUUAUAUAGACGAAAAUGUCACCUGCAAAGCUAUACAGUGGAUAAUUUCUAAACAAAACUCUGACGGCUCGUUCAAGGAUCCUUAUUUCGUUAUAAAAGAAGAUAUAAUGAACGGAAGCAACGGAAAAGUCCCCAUGACUGCAUUUGUUCUAACCGUACUGCAAGAAUGUAAAUGUAGUUCAUUAAAUAUGAAUGAUACCCAACUGAGAGCAAAAUCAUUUUUGGAAAAGCAGUACGAAUCUAUAAAUGAUCCAUAUGUUAUGGCAUUAACUGCUUACGCACUCGCAGCAACAAAUAGUGAGAAAAAACAUCAAGCAAACGAAAAACUUAUGAAAAUGUCAGUUUACGAUAAAGGACUAAAUCAUAGGUAUUGGGCAAAAUCCUCAAAAAUCGAAUCGAUAGAAAUUACUUCGUUUGGUCUUUCCACUCAGCUCCAAUUAAGGAACAUGUCAACGUCUCUUUCAAUUGUGAACUGGUUGAAUACACAAAAACUUGAUAACGGAUUCUACUCUUCUACUCAGGUAUUUAAGAAUUUUGUUACCAAAUGA